GUAUUUUUAAUUGUAAACACUUUAUCAGAAUUAGGACUCUUUCGAUAAGAGGACAGUGGGUAUAGAGUCAUCGGAUUGGCUGUGAAAAAGGACAAAUAGCAUUUCAGAAUAAAAAGUUGGUUGUGCGAGCGUCAGUUUUAACGAGAUGAGUCCAGCUGAGUGCAGGCUUUUUUGGCAUAGUCUUGUAUCUCAGUCCUGGCGUUUGUCCUACUUGAUGGUGGCCUAGAUACAUUGUGUUAUUAUUUUACACCUUUCAAACUUGCGCAUGUGGAGAACUGCAACAACUGACCUCCCCUCCCAAACUGCCUGUUAUUUUUCCGCUUGAAGGGUCUCGACCCGAAACGUCAGCCUUCCUGCUCCUCUGAUGCUGCUUGGCCUGCUGUGUUCAUCCAGCUCUACACCUUGUUAUCUCAGAUUCUCCAGCAUCGGCAGUUCCUACUAUCUCUGUUAUUUUUUUUACCCCACGGAAGUUGGUUAUCCAAGAGGUUUUGACACCGUGGAAUCGACGAUCAGUAGGAAGGGGUUGCAGAGUAGUAAUGUUUGUAAUCCAGACUCCCAGUCUAAUGUUCAGAGAAAGAAGAUUCACAUCCCGCACAAAUGCCCUUUCUAUCAUUCUUACCUGAUCUGGCUCGCAUAUAUUCUGACCUCUGCACAAUUUAGGGAUCAGCAAUAACUGCUGUUUCAAGUAAGCAUAAAAAAACUGUAGUUGUAAAUAAAGACUGUCUUUAUGGCGGAAAUGGUUCGGCUACAGACCUGGUACCUCCCCACAAGAGGUAGGACAAAUCCUGAAUGCCAAAAAGAGAUGUAAAUGACAGAUGUCGAGUCUCUCGUAUGAGAGCCAGGCUGAAGACAGGAAGUUCAAUGAGAGAAAGGAAAUAACAGAGGCAAGGAGACAGCAUUUAAAGGCAUUGGCAGCCAAUAUAGACCAAGUCAACAGGGGAGAACUGGAUUUCCACUUCACUGUGUCAGAAAUGCUGAUACACAAAACAUAAUCUUGAGAUCCGUUAAAAGGACAUUUGGCAGCCAUCAUGGAUAAUCUAGUCAUCAAACAAUCUAUAAGAGUGCACGUUACAAAGAAGUCUACCAGCAUUUCAUGUUUAAGGAAAAAAAAUAAUUGUUGCAUUUUGUCUGCAAGAGCUCUUGGUUUGUAUGGAAAUGAAGAUGGUUCUGUGCUCAGAAAAAACUUGACUAUCCUCCGUCAGUUAGUAUGUCAGAAGUCUACAACUUUUGAGUGUGUUUGGACAAAACAAUCAAAUUCACCAGUGGUUUAUGAAAAAGGAAGGAUUUACUUUGACAACUACAGAAGUUGUUUUUGCAGCACUGGCCCUAAGCCAACUGUGCUAUAUGAACUACCGAAACUUCACAAGUCUCAGAAAAUUGAGGAUGCCCUACUUUGCGAGUCUCCAUUGGGAGAAAUGUUGCCCAAACCAUCAGACCAUGUACCAUCACUCAUAGCUCUGACUGCAAACAACUGGCUCAUUCGUACAUCUAUUAAGACUGCAGAAAUUCUAGAAAAAAUCUACCUCUCAUCUCAAUGGAAAUUCAGGUAUUUGACUUGGGACGAUACUCAAGAGACAAUAGUAGCCAAGACUACACAGAAUAAAGUUACAGCUGUGGCUAGAGCGGCUGGAAUCCAACACUCAGUUCUUUUACAUUUAGCUAUGUUCAGAGUUCUACCUCUUACAUUUGUAGGAAUGCUGGCUAUCGACAAAAAUAUUUUUGGAAACAAUGUAACGGAUGCCACUGUUUCUCAUGGUUUACUCAUUGUGAUGUACAGCAUGGGAUUAGUCAAGCUUUACAGUUUUCAGCGGAUUGUUGAGAAGUUUACGCAGAAACAAUGUAUACUUGGUCAAAAAUGUGAAUGGAACAACACAACUGGAAUUGUGGGUACAUCUCCAUUUGGAAUUCCAUGUAAUAUUAAAAUAACAGAUUGUCCACCUGUUCUAUUUGAAGUAUCUUGUCUUAAAAGUGCACUGCAGAUUGGAGGACAUCCCUGGCAUUAUAUCGUUACUCCUAAUGAACGAAAACAGGAAGGCAUCUACCAUAUUUAUUCUUUAAAGGAUAAAAAGCUGGCAGAGAAUGGAAUUCAGGAGAUGCAGUGUUGUUCGUUAGAUACUGAUUGGAUAUAUUUUCAUCCAGAUGAUUCUGGAAGGAUCAUGCACAUUGGACCAACACAAAUUAAUGUGUUGCAGCUGUCUGAAAAAUCUGAAGGUUUACAGAGAUGGCAGGUUUUACGAGCCUUUACUAUUUAUUCUGCAAGAGAAAGAGCGGUGGAGAGCUCAGUGAGAGUGACAGCUUAUGGUCGAGUUGUGAAAAGAAGAUUUUCUCAAUUAGACGAUGACAAUUAUGAGACCUUUAAAACAGUAGACUACGAGGAUGAACUCGAACUGUUGGCUGCUUUGGCAGUACCUCCAACAGACUCCAAAGAAAAGAUUCAUAUUGAUUUUUAUGACAACCAAUCUGGCAUCUUAAUUAAGAGUGUUCCAUUAAAAGAACCAUGGAAUGUUACCUACAGCCAUCAAUUGCUCUUCGACAGAGACACUAUAAUACAUAUACAACUGCUGCCACCUCGAACAUUUUGCUGUCAUGUUUACAAAAUGGAUCAACAUAUGGCUGAAGAUGGAGAUUAAAAAAAUGAAUGAUACAUCUGAGUUUGCUAAUCUGUUACUUAGAAUGAAGAGCCAUUUGAUCUGGCUUUUUAUUUUUCAAUUAACUUCAUUUAUUACUGCUGCACCACUGUAAUAGCAAAGUCUAAGAUGAUGGAACUGUGGGGAUACUGAGUCAUAAAUUGGCCAACAAGUAACUUCAGAUGUCAAUCAAAAUCCCUUCAGGCAAAAUAACAUUUUGUAUAAACAAAAAUAUUUUGUGCUCACAGGAUUAUAUAACCUAGAACUGCAAGGCACCAGUUACUUGCGACAGAUGGUUGGAAAUGUGUCAUAAGAUUGUAACACAUGCAGCAUUUGGAUGAGCUUCUAAACCCGAAUAUCCAAGCUUGAAUGUUUUAUACAAACAUUGGAACACUAAGAAAGUGCCACAGCUUUGGUUGAUCCCAUCAAUUUUUGCAAUAUGUGUAAAGCUUAACAAAGGGAGAUUGCACAUUUUAUUAUUUUUGAACUGUAUUUUCACAUACUUUGCAUUAUGUGAUCAGGAGUUAAAGUUGGAUCUUGAAGCAGGGUUUGAGCUCUAAAAGAAGAGAACAUUCACAGAAAUACAAUGCUGGUUUCCAGAGAACAUUUCAGCAUCUAUUGUAUGGCUGUAUUGUGCAAACACUAACUAUAGCCUGAUAUUUUUUAGGAUCUUGUACUUAAUAAAUAUGUUCUUAUAAAAACUAAGAUACUAAUUUUCCAAUUUGAAAGGUUUCUCACUUUAUUUAAAUUAACCAUGUGGUCUGAUAAAAGGCAAUAAAUUAUAAUUAAGCAGCUAUUGGACAGACCUCAGUAAAUCUUGUACAUUUCUAUGAAAUUGUUACACAAGGACAAGACCAACCUUCAAGUCAUUUUAAAAUUAUUGUUUAAUUAAAAGUUUCAAUUUUCAAUUAUAGAAGUGUCUUGGUUUUGUUUGAAAUUUAUUGUGUACCUCCAAAAUCUUUCAACCAAUAAAAUUCAAGCAAUAAAACUAAUAGUAAUCCCAUCGUUGGACCAUCCCGAAAUACUUUCCAAUGCUGGAUUACCUUCCAAGUGCAGACACAUUACUUUCUAGCAAGCCUUGUUAGGGGGAUUUGUAGCUAUAAAUAUUUCAAAAUAUUGCUUCAGAGCAGGAGAGCUGUUGAAAAAAUAUCCACAGAAUACUUGACUGAAAAGAGAAAGAAAGCAUGGAAGAAGAAACAAAAUAAAAGCCAUUUUUAGCUCCAGUCUAUUCUCCUGCUGCCUUCAUAGACAGUGCUGUUACAUUCCCUGAAAUUUAUUAUACACUAAUUAAUUAUAAUUUUAUUACAUUUUUUUUCCCCCACUGGCACUACAAAAACAAUGUCGUCUUGAUCUCCCCUGCACUCAGUAAGUCACUCACUGUCACAUACUUUUCUCGAUUUCUAUCACUCCUACAGUGGCAUCUAUUUGACAGUGAUUCAAGCUCUGCUCUACUUUCCUUAUAAUAACAAUACAUGAGAAAGUAGUUUAUUCUGGUUGUGAAGAAAGAGUUUUUUGUGACCACCUGAUGUCUCAAAGUGCAUUACACAUUUUAGAAGAGGUGUGACCACUGUAAUGUGGGAAACUUUGCAGCUGAUUUGCACAGGAAACUCCUACAAUGUGAUGAUAACUAGUUCAUCUAUUUUUUGUGAUGGUGAGGCAUAAGUAGACAUCAGACAUAACUCUCCAGCGAUUUAUUCAAAAUAGUGCCUUGGGAUCUUUUCCAUCCAUAUGAGCAGGCAGAUGGAGUUCUGGUUUACUGUCUCAUCAGAAUGAUGUGACUACUGACAAUGUAACACUCAGACUGUUGGCUGAAGUAAUUCUAUCUUCCACGUUCUAAUCUCCAGUUUAUAGUAGGUUGUCCACAAGUAAGUUUAAGAUAUGAAAAGACGGGUUAACAACAGAAAUGUCCAUCUUUCACAUGGAGAGUUACAGACACGUCAUACGUUCUACAUAAUCACACAUGUACAAAGUAUCAAUGGCUGCAAAAUCUUAGGCUUCAGGUUUUGGAGCUCAACCAGAGGCUGGAAUCGUUAUUGUGCAUCUGUGAGGCAGAAGUAUAUGGAUUAAAGAUUUAACAGCAUCUUAAGUUUGUUUAAUACAUCCUCAUCAGCAGUGUGACCCUUUGAUCUUUUGUGUUCUGUGUGCUUCUUUCUCUCUUCACCUGAAGGAACUACGCUCCAAAAGCCUGUGUUUUUAAAUAAAUCUGUUGGACUAUAA